AUGGCGACCGAUCUCAGCGCUAGUUUUAAUGAACAAUACAUUAACAUCAACACAAAACUAAAAAAGAGGUUUAUGCGAAAACCUAAUAUCACAGAGGCUGCAAAUGAGUUUUUAGCACUCGCGAUACAAUGUGAGCAUUCGGAACAACCAGCUUUCGCAGGUCAAACGUAUGUAGGGGCCGCUAAAUGUGAGGCUUCGAUUGGUAAUGUGCUCGGUGAAGCUGAGCAUUACAUAUCAGCUGCGAGGCAGUUUAUGAAGGCUGAAAAAAAAUUGGCUGCUCUAAAAUUUCACAGCCCUGAUAGGGAAAAUUUAGAAGCAGCAAUUGGCUGUUACACACAGGCACUUAGUAAAUAUCCAGAGAAGUCACCGAUACGCACCUCCAUUCUGCUAGAACUGGCUGAAGAAUUAGUUUCGCUGGAUCUAAAGUCAGAAGCCCUCGUGUAUUAUGAACAGGCUUUAGGGACUGCUACUAAUGGGGUCGUCAAUUUGAUGUGCUCUCGAAAGAUCAUAAAUUUGCUAAUUGAUUGUAGAAAAUAUGAAUAUGCUUUGGAGAUGGCAAAUAAAAUAUGUGAAUCAAACAUUCAUAUACCAGAAGGUGUAUUAACUGAGAUUCAAGUGAGCAGAAUAUUGUUGGCAUUGCUUGUUGAACCCACAGAGGAAAUAAGAAGUGACUCUCUGAAACAAUUGUUACAUGAUUUACUUAGUGAUGAAGAUAGCAGUGCUCUUCCCUUCAAUAUGGAUCUGAGACUAAAACUCCAGUCAAUUAUAAUAUCUAGUAGUAUGGACCCCUCGUCUCUAGUGAGUGUGGUUGCCGGCUCUAAGACAUACUUCACGUUGCAGCAGAGGGAAUUACUUGAAACACUUAUACUGGAAAAACAGACAGAGUAA